CAUGCUGACCUAACCGGACGCCCAUAUCGUGCUCAAGACUUCAGAGACGCUCUCCGGAAGAUUAUCGACUUGAGAGAAAUAAUCUCAAUAGGACAAUUCCAGAUGUCCCACGUCUGGAUGGUGACGUACAAAUCGCCGUCUGCGAAAGACAGAUUAGUGACCUGCGGUGAAUUUCUGGUAAAGUCUAAGAGAUGUGUUGUGAUUGAUCCGGAGCCAGCGGAAGUAAAGAUUAAGAUGCUAUGGCUUCCUGAACAUUUAGAGGAUGCUUACAUACGCGAGGCACUACAGACUUUCGGAAAAGUGCUGUCAAUAUCCAAGGAAAGCUGGAAAGUAUCAGAUAUGGAAGAAAUGCGAACUCUCAAUCGAGAUGUUGUUCUGUCACUUGCUGAUGGUGUCAGUGUCGCCGAUAUCCCACACUUACGGACAGUCUGUGGAAUACAAAGUCUUCUACUCAUCCCUGGAAGACCACCACUGUGCCUUCGCUGCCACAAAGUUGGUCACAUUUGCCGUCACUGUCGCACGCCUAGGUGCGACGAUUGCCGACGCUUUGGGCACACGACUGCAGACUGUGUAGUAACGUAUGCUGACAAGCUGCGACAUCGCACAAGGCCUUCAGAUGACGCACUGCAAGAACACAUCAUGGAUGUCACAGAGGUCCUAGAUGCAACGGGAGAUCUGCCAGCUGACACCAGCGAAGUUCCACCACCGGUCAGCGCAGAAGCUUGCGAGACUGCAUCGACUGAGAUGACAACGGCACAGUCUGAGCCUGUGGAAGAAGCAACAAAGAAGAGUCAAGAGCCAGAGACCGUUGAAGCAGUUAGCAGCGAACUCGCAAAAGAAGAUAUUCCAGUUGCAGAAACCGCCACUGCUCAGCUACGAACCAGUGUCCAACCCCUAUGGAGAACACACUCUCCAACAACCCUUUGCUGA